UUCCCUUUGGUUUCUUCAUCUUCGAAGUUUUAUAUUUCCAGAAAUACCCUUUCGAAUUUUCAAUCUCUCUUUGCUUGAAAGUUGAAGCAAGAGGCAGCGGUGCUCCUGCUCUCCCUCCUCUCAUCGCAAACUCCAUAAUCCAAAAGAAAUUGAUUCCACGAAACACCAAUUGAUCAAUUUAUCGAUCGAUAUGUCGCAAGAAGAGAUUGGUCUAGAAGCAAUAAAGCAGGCGUUGAAAGCUUUGAAGAAGCGGCAUUUACUGGAAGAAGGAGCUCAUGCUCCUGCCUUUAUUGCUCUUUCCAGGCCCAUUAUUUCUCAGGGAUCAGAGUGGAAAGAGAAAGCAGAAAAUCUAGAAGUAGAACUUCAGCAAUGUUACAAAGCUCAAUCUCUUUUAUCUAACCAACUUGUGGUGGAGGUGGCCGAAUCGAGAGCAGCGAAGACUUCACUGCAAGAGAAGGAAGCAGCUAUCACUGAUUUGCAAAAUGAGGCUACUCAAAUUAGGGAUGAGUGUGGUCAGUUGAGGGAGGAUUUUGAGGAAAAGAUUAAAGCAUUAGAAUUGGUUAUGAGUGAGAACCAGGCACUUAGAACACAAUUGGAAGAGAUGACUCUUAAAGCUAAGAAUGCUGAGGCUGAAAAUAAGAUGUUGAUUGAUCGAUGGAUGCUACAAAAGAUGCAGGAUGCCGAACGCCUUAAUGAGGCUAAUGCACUUUAUGAAGAAAUGAUUGAUCGGCUCAAGGCAAGUGGUUUAGAGAGCCUUGCUAGGCAACAAGUGGAUGGAGUUGUCCGGCGAAAUGAAGAUGGUGCUGAGUACUUUGUUGAAUCAACGAUCCCUUCUACAUGCAAGCACAAGAUCACUGCUCAUGAGGGUGGCUGUGCUUCUAUAUUGUUUGAGUACAAUUCUGGAAAAUUGAUUAGUGGGGGACAAGACCGGUCAAUCAAGAUGUGGGAUACAAAUACAGGAUCAUUAAGUCACACUCUUUAUGGUUGUCUUGGCUCUGUUCUUGAUCUUUCCAUUACUCAUGACAAUAGAUCCAUCAUUGCAGCUAGCAGCUCAAACAACUUGUAUGUAUGGGAUGUUACCACAGGACGAGUACGUCACACUCUCACAGGUCACACUGAUAAAGUGUGUGCUGUUGAUGUCAGCAAAAUUUCAACUCGUCAUGUUGUCAGUGCUGCUUAUGAUCGUACCAUAAAAGUGUGGGAUCUGCAAAAAGGUUUCUGCACCAACACGAUCAUUUUCCACAGCAACUGCAAUUCUCUUUGCUUCAGCAUGGAUGGACAGACUAUUUGUUCAGGCCAUGUUGAUGGGAAUCUUCGUUUGUGGGAUAUUCAGACAGGAAAGCUACUUAGUGAAGUAGCUGCACAUUCGCUUGCUGUUACAUCAAUAUCUGUGUCUCGAAAUGGAAGUGUUGUACUGACAAGUGGGAGAGACAACUUGCAUAACUUAUUUGAUAUGCGAUCCUUGGAAGUUUGUGGCACUCUAAGAGCAACUGGAAACAGGGUGGCUUCUAAUUGGAGUCGCUCCUGUAUCAGUCCUGAUGACAACUAUGUUGCUGCUGGUUCAGCUGAUGGAUCUGUACAUAUUUGGUCAAUAUCUCAAGGUGAUAUAGUAAGCACCCUGAAGGAACACACAGCUCCAGUUCUUUGUUGUUCAUGGAGUGGUCUUGGCAAACCACUAGCCUCUUCUGACAAGAAUGGAAUUAUCUACACCUGGACAUGAUGGUUUGCGUCUUCACUUGUAAAUAUGAUAGGUUGUCUACACGGAGAAUUUCUUCAAACUAGCGUGUAACACUGUAAGCCAUUUAUGUUGAAUAAUUUCCACAAAGGAACCCAAAGUUAGCAAUAUGGCAAAAAAUUCUUCUUCUGUACAGACAUAGUUGAUUAGUUUAUUCUUACUGAAUGAUUCGGUUGGUUGAAUUCAA